AUGUUUUCCGUUCAUAAGAGCCUUGCUUCAGCUGACAGUAACACGACAUCGGAACCUAUAUCGUCUGGAUGCGAAGGAUUCAACUUCCGUGUCUUCCGCUGGACGCAGACCAUGCUGUUUGCCAUCAAUGAGAUAAACGGACGGACGGACCUGCUGCCAGACACAGAUCUGGGCUAUGUCAUCUAUGACUCCUGCUUCACCAUCUCUAAAGCGGUGGAGGGCACCCUCACCUAUCUCACCGGGCAGGAUGAAGCUGUGCCCAACUACCGCUGUGGCUCCGGAGCCCCUCUGGCUGCUCUGGUGGGGGCCGGCGGCUCAGACCUCUCCAUCGCUACGGCUCGCAUCCUGGGCCUGUACUACUUCCCCCAGGUCAGUUAUUCGUCCUCCUGCUCUGUGUUGGAGAGUCAGUUCCAGUUCCCCACGUUCCUGCGCACCAUCCCCAGUGAUGCCCACCAGUCCUCAGCUAUGGCCCGACUGGUGCUGCAUUUUGGAUGGACGUGGGUGGGCACCAUUGCAUCCGACGACGACUACGGCAAAAAUGGCAUCAAGGAGUUCAAGGAGCAAGUGGAGGAGGCGGGCGUGUGCAUCUCCUUCUCCGAGACGCUGCCGAAAGGGAGCUCGCCCGAGAACAUCCAGAAGAUCGUGCGGGCGGUGGUGGAGUCCACGGCCAAGAUCAUCGUGGUCUUCUCGUCCGACGUGGACCUCAGCCCUCUGCUGGACGAGCUGCUCCGGCAGAACGUCACCAAUCGCACCUGGAUCGCCAGCGAGGCCUGGGUCACCGCUGCGACUGUCUCGCGCCACCCAGGCGUGCAGCAGAUGCUGGGCGGCACGCUGGGCUUUGGCCUGCGUCGCGCCGACAUCCCCAACCUGCAGAGCCACCUGCUGAGCAUCGACCCCUAUGACCAUCCGCUCACCGAGGAAUUCUGGGAGACGGCUUUCAACUGCACCCUGGACUACGGCCGCGCCCUGAGGAACGCCAAGGCCAGGGCUGGCUUGUGUUCGGGUCGGGAGUCUUUGCAGCAUCUGAACAACACCUACACUGAUGUGUCACAGCUCCGCAUUACCUACAGCGUCUAUAAGGCUGUCUACACCGUAGCACAUGCCCUGCACAACCUGGAACACUGUGAGCUCGGGAAAGGACCCUUUGAGAACGGGACGUGCGCUGACAUUAACAACUUUGAACCUUGGCAGCUGAUGUACUACUUGAAAAACGUGCAGUUCCUCGUCCCUCACACUGGCGAGAGGUUUGAGUUCAGGGAGGACAGGGAUGUGGAUGGUUUAUAUGAGAUCAUCAACUGGCAGACCACUCCAGAGGGGGAGCUUUCUUAUGUACAGGUUGGAUUCUACAACAGCACCGAACCAGCUGAGUCCAGGAUGACCAUUAACAACACAUCCAUCAUCUGGAACAGUGACAUUUUUGAGGUGCCGCGCUCUGUGUGCAGUGAGAUUUGCCAACCGGGCACCAGGAAAGGCAUCAGGCAGGGGGAGCCCGUCUGCUGCUUUGACUGCAUCCCUUGCGCUGAUGGAGAAAUCAGUAACACCUCAGAUGCCAGAGCGUGUAUCCAGUGCAGUGAGGACGACUGGUCCAAUGCCAAUCGUGAUGCCUGUGUGCCAAAGACCAUCGAGUUCCUGGACUUUGGGGAGCCCCUUGGCAUCACGCUGAUUGCGAUCGCUGCGUUCGGGGCGCUGGUGACCAUCCUGGUCGGCGGCGUGUUCCUGGUGCACCUGAGCACGCCCAUGGUGCAGGUGAACGACGCGCUGCUCAGCUUCUUCCUGCUCUUCUCCCUGGUGGUAACCUUCCUCUGCUCCAUCGUCUUCCUCGGGGAGCCCCGGCACUGGUCGUGCAUGACAAGCCAGGUGGCCCUGGCCAUGGGCUUCGCUCUCUGCCUCUCCUCCAUCAUGGGCAAGUCCGUUGUGCUCAUGCUCCGAGCCCGGGCCAUAAAACUGACCAGGAACGCCGCCAAGGCUGCCGCCAAAGCUGCGGCUGCUUCCGACCAGAGCCCAGACGUGGUGCAGUCCGCGCCGGCACCCCCGGCCCCUAAGAGUGACGCCGAUGCUCUCCAGCCGGCCCACCAGAGGGCGAUCGCGGUGGUGUGUACCCUGAUCCAGGCGGUGGCCUGCACCGUGUGGUUGUGCCUCCUGCCCCCGCACCCAACCAAGAACACCGCCUCGCAGAACAUCAAGAUCAUCCUGGAGUGUGACCCUGGUAACGUGGUGUUCAUCUGCUGCAUCUUCGCCUAUGACAUCCUGCUGGCACUGCUGGCCUUCGCCUUCGCUUUUACCGCCCGCAAGCUGGAGGACCACUUCAGCGAGGCCAAGUCCAUCACCUUCGGCAUGCUGGUCUUCUUCAUCGUGUGGAUCUCCUUUGUGCCGGCCUACCUGAGCACGCGCGGCAAGUUCAUGGUGGCCGUGCAGAUCUUCGCCAUCCUGGCCUCCAGCUUCGGCCUGCUGGCCUGCAUCUUCCUGCCCAAGUGCUACGUGCUGCUGGUCAAGCCCGAGAGGAACACGCAGGAGCAGAUGAGGCAGAGGGCCUUGGGCAAGGACGCCUCCAACACGGGCACCUCCGCCUCGCUCACCAACACCAUGGCCACCACCGUCUCCACCGUGUGUGCGGAUGAUUAA